AUGUGGCAGCCGAGCCAGGAUGAGGUCCUGCACAUGCUGCAGCAGCUUCCUGCGGUUCCACCACAUUCCUUAAACAAGCUCAAGGUCCUGCCCCCCAUAGAGCGCAGGCGGUCAGGGGGGGGGCCCGGAGGAGACUUGGAUAGAACCGUGCACAGCCUGUCUGAUGAGACCGUCCCGCAGCAGAGGCGGACCCCCGGCUCUGAGGGGGACAACAGGGCUGAUGUGGCCCUCAGGAUGUGGCCCAACACCUCAGAGCCGGAACCAUUGGGGGCCAGUGUUGAUUUGCUGUUAGCCGUGCGGGCGCCGUGCGGCCGGAGGUUCCAGCAGCACUUUGAGUCCACAGACGCUCUGCUGGCGGUGAAGACCAGUGCAGAGGCCCGGUUCACAGAGACGUACGGAGACGUCUCCAUCGAGACCAUGGACGUGCCGCGCAGGAGCUUCACGGACAUGAACAUGACUCUGGCCCAGAGCGGCGUCAUGAACAGAUCCGUGCUCUGCAUCACACGGAACAACAAUGACAGCGUGGAGCUACAUGAUUGA